AGGCUCAUAAGAUGUGACCAAUCGAAAGACAGUUCAAGCAACAAUUAGACAAGAAACUGAAAGAAAGAAAAUACCCAGAUGGCAAAAGCUUGUCUCAAGGUGGCAUUACUACUUUUUCUCGUGGCAUCAUACUGCAUGUCUCUGUCAAAGGCAUCAAUAGUAAUACAUGAAGGUAUCCCGUGUGCCUCUGAAGCUGAUUGCCGGAAAGUUCACUACUGUUAUGGCCAAGUUUAUUGUAUCCAAAACCACUGCGCCUGCCGAAUAGCAGAUCGAGAAAGACAAGAAGACUCUGCUAGAAUUAUGCAUAAAGAGACCUCCGUGCAACAAGAUGCUGCUAAAUGUCACAACGAUAAGGAUUGCAAAGCAAUUUGUCCCCCUAAUUGCAAAUCCACCAACUGUAUGAACGGCACAUGCUUCUGUAGUUGUUAGGCCAGCUUGAUGAAAAAAGAUGUAUUUAAUUGCUCGAGUAAUUAAUAAUAGCUAAACUUCCUUUACAGCAAUAUGAUCCAUAGAUGAUCCCACCGGAACCAAGGGCUACUGCAAUUUUUCUUUUCCCUUAUCAUUUAGAGUCUUCUAUAAGUUCUACACCAAGUGUGACAUAUUUAGCUUUAAACGAUUUAAAAAAUAAAAAAUUCUUUAAAAAAGAAAAGACCUUCUAAGAAGAACUUAAAAAAGGAAAAAAAGAAGACCUCUAUUGCGGUUUGAGUUGUAUUUUACAGUGUUUACUUUCCUUGUUUAUUACAGCAGUAUAUAGCAAAAUAUCUGUACCUUUGUUUUUAGAAGAUUCUUAGGCUAUUUUUCCUAGGUUUUCUAUGUUUAGUCCUUGGUGUGCUAAUGAAGGCAGGGCGGCAGAAAAUUUCUUCUGUGGUAAUACUUUUUCUCAUGGUAUCUGAGCUUUAGAGAAAACUGAAUAGAGUCAGCCAUGGCCGGCGACGGAAAGAAACCAAUGUCUCCUUAUAUCUUGAAUUCGAAUGAUAAUCCUGGGAACCUGAUUACUCAGGUGCAAUUAAAAGGUGACAAUUAUGAUGAAUGGGCUCGGGCGAUACGAACUUCGCUGAAAGCCAAGAAGAAAUUUGGAUUCAUAGAUGGAAAGAUGAAGCAACCUGAUGAUGAUUCAUCUGAUUUGGAGGAUUAGUGGACUAUGAACUAAAUGUUGGUAUCUUGGAUACUUAACACAAUUGAGCCAACUUUGCUAUCUACCAUAACACAUAUGGAGAUACCAAAGGAUUUGUGGCAAGAUAUUCAGGAAAGAUUUUCGAUUGCCAAUGGACCUCGUGUUCAACAGAUCAAGGCGGAACUCACCAACUGCAAACAACAGGGGCUUUCGAUUAUGAGCUAUUAUGGAAAAUUGAAGCAGUUGUGGGAAGAACUUGCAAAUUAUGAUCAAGUUCCAACGUGUCGAUGUGGAGGUUGCAGAUACAACAUCACAACUGCACUUGACAAGAAGCGGAAAGAAGAGAAACUACAUCAAUUUUUGAUGGGUCUGGAUGACUCAAUUUUUGCAACAGUUCGCUCAAAUAUUUUGAAUGCUGAACUGCUGCCUAACAUGAACAAGGCAUACUCUUUGGUGUGUCAAGAGGAACGAAUUCAAACUAUCUCACGAGGAAAGGAAGAACGUGGAGAACCCAUGAGUUUUGUUGUGCAAACUGGUGCAAAAGGUCGCAAAUCAGAAAAUGAAGUCAAGGAUAAAUCAGUGGUGUGUUCACAUUGCAAACGUGAAGGACAUUGUGCUGAAAGUUGUUUUCAACUCAUUGGAUAUCCUGAUUGGUGGGGCGAUCGACCAAAAUCAAUUGGACGCGGCUCAGGUCAUGGACGUGGGGUGCAAAAUACCAGUUAAGGACGUGGCAAUACACAUAGGGCCAAUACUGCACAGGUGAUUCAGCAAUCUUCCCCAACAGCAGCAGUAACAUAAGAAGAGAGAAUGAUGCAUGGAUCCUUGACAAGUGAGCAAUGGACAACUUUUGUAAACCUGCUGAAUUCUUACAAACCAGUUAUCAGCGAAAAGAUGACUGGUAAGGAAAAUAUGUGCUGGAUAAUUGACUCUGGAGGUUCACAACGCAUGACAGGAAAUCUGGAAUCUUCGACAAAUAUGAAAAAAAUAGUGGAUUGUCCAAUCGGAUUGCCUGAUGGCAAGCAAGUGAUGGCACUGCAAGAAGGGACCGCACUACGAGGAUGGUGAUUGGAGCGAGUGAACAAUGCAAGGGGCUGUACUACCUGAAGACGGUGACUUCGGCUUGUAAGGCGAGUCGUGUGGAUGUUUUUGAACUUUGGCAUAAGAGAAUGGGUCAUCCAUCUAAGAAAGCAGUAGAAUUACUUCCUAAUGUUAAUUCAAACAGUAUUGAUUCUGUUGAAAGUAAACCUUGUGAUGUUUGUUUUAGAGCUAAGCAAACUAGAAAAGUGUUUUUAUCUAGUGAUAAUAAAGCAAAUGAAAUUUUUGAACUGAUACACUGUGAUUUAUGGGGUCCUUAUAGAGUUGUUUCUUCUUGUGGUGCCUCAUAUUUUCUAACUAUUGUGGAUGAUUUCUCAAGAGGUGUAUGGAUUUAUUUGUUGAUUGAUAAAACUGAAGUGGAAAAUGUCUUGUGUAAUUUUCUUGUCAUGGUUAAGCGACAAUUUAAUAAAGAAGUGAAAGUGGUCAGAAGUGACAAUGGGACAGAGUUUACUCGCUUGAAUAAUUAUUUUGAUGAGAAUGGAAUAAUGCAUCAAACUUCUUGUGUAGGAACACCACAACAGCAUGGACGUAUUGAGAGGAAACAUCGUCACGUUCUGAAUGUCGCUAGGGCCCUACGAUUUCAAGCAAACCUUCCUAUUAAAUUUUGGGGACAAUUUUUUAUAUCUAGAGAUAUGGUGUUUUCUGAAGAUGAUUUCCCAUAUGCCCGGAAGGAUAUGACACAUUCCAAACAAGAUGUUUCAAGCUUGGGUUGUGUAGAUAUAAUGGAUCAAGUUAACGAUGACGUGUUUGACGAGGAAGGCUCGGUAAGUGUGACCCCUGAAAAUCCGGUUCAAGUGCAUGAUGAUAUGAAUAAUGUAGUCAAAGGGGGUACAACAGUCUUGGUGGAUGGAUAUGGGCAACAGGAACUUGGGCGUGGCCUUCGAACAAAGUGUCCUUCUACCUGACUAAAAGAUUAUGUGACUCACACCAUUCAAUGUAUUAGCCCCUCUGCUUGUUCAUCCACACCAACGUCCACCUCAGGUACACCUUAUUCUAUAGCAUAUUAUGUGAAUUGUGAUAAAUUUUUUCCACGACAUCGUGUUUUUCUGGCAGCUUUGACAGCAAAUAAGGAACCGAGUUCUUAUGCUCAAGCACUAAAAGAUGAUUGAUGGAGAGAGGCCAUGAAGAAGGAGAUUGACACUCUUGAAAAUAAUGGAACAUGGACGGUGGAAGACCUGCCACCAGGAAAGAGAGAGAUAGGGAGUAAAUGGGUCUACAAGGUCAAGUAUAACUCGGAUGGCUCAGUAGAAUGAUACAAAGCAUGUUUGGUGAUUCUUGGCAAUAAUCAGAUUGAAGGGAUUGACUAUAGUGAGACUUUUGCUCCUGUUGUCAAGAUG